ACGAGUCUGGGGAUUGCCCGCCUGACCCCUGACCGCUCACACCCUUUCUCCGUGAAAACCCAGAGCUUGACAUUUGACCAGCCACAGAAAUCCGACCUCUGACCCUAUACCACGUGCCCCUCCCCCACCCCGUGGUGACCUCACAAAGGUCACCAGCUUCUCCCUGGGCCUAGACGCUCCGCUAUGGCCCUGCUGGCCCGAGACAGCGCUGUCCCAUCUGCCCUGGUGGCCCUCACGGUCUUCAGGGCCCCUGCCUGGGCCUGUCUCAUCUGCUUCACGUCCUAUAAGGAGCGCACCCGCAUCUGCCAGAUCUUUGUGGGUACGCAGGGCCCCCAGCUGGAGGCGUGUCAGGAGGCAUUCAGCAGCGCCUUUGCAGACCUCGCGGACACCGAAAUCAACUACGAUGAGAGAAGCCACCUGCGUGACGCCUUCACCCAGAUGACCCACUCUCUCCAGGAGAUAGCUGUUGCCCAGGGCUCCUUUAAAGUUGCUUUCCUUGAAGCUGCCAAGAAAAUGCAGAAGGUCAUUAUGGAGCUUAAAGGAGCCCAGGCCUGCGUCCCUCCCUGCGGAUUCCAGGAUGUCGCGCGGCGCUUCGUCUGCUUCGGGUGCUACUCCAAGGCCUGCAACCUCCCGCUGGACUGCCCAGUUCAGGACUUGACGGUGACUCGGGGUCAGCAGGCUAAGUUCUCCUGCACUGUCAACUUCCAGCUGCCUAAGGAGGAAAUCACCUAUUCCUGGAGGUUCGCAGGAGGAGGUGUCCGAACGCAGGACCAGUCCUACUUCCGAGACAUCCCGCGGGCCCAAGGAUACCUGGCGCGGAUCCGGCCGGUGCAGCCCACGCACAGCGGGACGUUCUCUUGCUCGGUCCUGCACGACCAGCGCCCAGUGGCGCGGCUCUACUUCUUUCUUAACGUGACCAGUGCGCCCCCGCGUGGGGAGAUCGAGCUCCAGGUCUCCCUUCAGAAAGUGCUGCGCUGGAAGCCGCGGGAGACGGAGUUGGAGCCAUGGAGGCCCAGCCUGAGCGAGCUGCUGGCCAGGCCCGAAGCUCUGACGCCGGGCAACCAGUUCCUGCUCGCGGCCCUCGCGGCCAUCGCAUCAGCCAGUGCGACCCUUCUGGCGUGGAUAUUCUUUCGAUGGUACUUCAGGAGCAACUAACAAAGGUAUCAUUUUCUUACCUCCUUACCCUGUUUUCAUCCCUAAAAUAAAGAAUAUAUUUCAGCUCUC